AUGGGUAUGCUGGGAAUUGCUCCUGAUCACUAUACUCUUAACAUUAUCAUUAACUGCUAUUGCCAUUUGAACCACAUGGGGUUUAGCUUAUCUGUCUUGGCACAAUUCUUCAAAUUGGGUCUUCAACCAGGCGUCACCACCUUCAACACUCUAAUCAACGGCUUUGUUCUCGAGAAGCAACUGGCUGAAGCAGCACGAAUUUUCAGCAAAACGGUGGAGGGGGGUCAUUGUAAGCCGGAUGUGUUUACUUUUAACACACUGAUAAAAGGCUUUUGCAUGAUGGGUAACAACACUGCGGCUGUUCAGUUGCUUAGGAACAUGGAAGAAAAUGGAUGCGAGCCUGACGUAGUGUCCUAUAACACCAUCAUUGACAGUCUUUGCAAGGAUACACUAGUUGUAGAUGCAAUGAACCUCUACUCAGAAAUGAUUUGUAAAGGUAUGGCUCCAGACGUUGUUACUUUCACCUCUUUGAUUCAUGGACUUUGCAAUUUAGGCCAGUGGAAAGAAGCUAAAAGGUUGUUUGAUGCAAUGUUAAGUAAAGGUAUCUUUCUAGAUGUCUUCACCUUCAAUGUCUUAGUUGAUACAUUCUGUAAGGAAGGGAUGAUCGCGAAAGCCAACAGUGUGGUUCAAAUGAUGAUUCAAAGAGGUAUUAAGCCUGAUACGAUUACAUACAGUUCCCUUAUAGAUGGUUACUGUUUGCGGGGAGAAAUGGACGAAGCGAACAAAGUCUUUGAUCUGAUGAUUAGCAAAGGCUCCAGGGUUGAUGUUCAUAGUUGGAGCAUAUUGAUAAAUGGAUAUUGCAAGAGUAAAAAGGUCGACAAGGCUAACAAGAUUUUCAAGGAAAUGAGUCGUAUGGAACUAGUUCCGGAUACAAUUACUUGUACCACUCUUAUUGAUGGUCUUUGCAAAACAGGGAGAAUUAAAGAAGCAGAAAAGUUGUUCUCUGAGAUGCAAGGUUGUGGACUUGUGGCCAAGUUCCAGAUGUUCAAACUUAUACUGUUUUACUUGAUGGACUGUGUAACAACCAACAACUCUCUAGGGCAGUUGAGUUGCUUAAAGAGAUGGAAGCCAACAAAUUGGAACUUGAUAUUGUAG